AUGGACAGUGACGAUCCGACAGACAAAGCAGCUGUGGUUCGGCGCUUUGAAGACUGGUGCAAUGAGCACAACUGUGUCAUGGAGAAAGUGCAAGUGGCCUCAACAGCCUUUGGCCUGGGGCUCAGAGCCACCAAAGACGUGGAGCCCAAUGAGGUCGCCCUCGCCAUCCCAUUGGACCUGGUGUUGACGGUCCCGGUGGCUGCGAGAUCCAUUGCAGGCCAGGCGCUAUUGAGAAGCGAAACCACCCGCGAGCAGCCUGUGAGCGCGCAGGCCUUGAUGUAUGUGGUGAUGAUUCACGGUUGGCACGAUGCUACCAGCAAGUGGCAUCCAUAUUUGCGUCAGAUACCCUCCAAGCAUCAAGAUCCCCUGUGCUGGACACAGCGUGAACGGCAGGCCCGCUUGAAGGGCACGCAGUUACUGCAUGAGGUCGAGCGACAUGAAGCGCUCUUGCGAUUGGUUCAUCAAAGCAUUUUCCCGGCAUUGUCGCAAGAACUGCCGGAGAUGUUCCCAGAGGAGCGCUACAGCUUUGCCUCGUUCACCUGGGCGCGUUCCGCCUUGGCCUCGCGCUGCUUUGCGGAAACACAUCUGGAGAAGUUCCUGGGGGGCGGGGAAGUGGUGCCUGAGGAAACCAUGAACUAUGUGCGCCUCACAGCGAAUGAGGCAGCACGCUUGUCGCACGAUUGUAAUGCAGUUUUAUGCCCACUGUUGGAUACAGGCAACCAUGAUCCCAACGUCACCAUUCACGUUGGCCUCCGCUCCGACAAAAACGGGUUUCAGCUGGCGUUGGCGCGAGACUCUGGUGUAAACAAGGGGCAGGAGUAUUUCAUCAACUAUGGAAAUCAUGGAUCCAAUCUGCAGCUCUUGCUGGGCCACGGUUUUUGCUUGCCGGACAACCCGCAAGAUACGCUACCCCUGAAACUAGGGAAAACUGCUGGUGAGUCGCCAGAGCAAGAACUGGCGCGAAAGCUGUCGGGUUUGGUAGAGGGUGAAGUAGUGGACUUAUCCAGAGCUGACUUGCUGCCAGAAAGACUCCUUGCUUUGCUACGAAUUAGCACUUUACAGGACAGAAGCCUUCGAGUUCUCCUCCAUGAAAACGAUUCGUCAGAAAAAACGAUACUGUCAAGGCUGACGACCCCUAUAGAUGUGAAAUUUGACCGCCACGCUGAGCUGCAUGCACUAAGCAUCGUUCAAAAGCACCUGAUCAUGAAGCAACAUCAAAUCCAAAGUGGGAACCCCCAGACUGAGCUCGUUGAAGGCCGGGAAGGUUGGGCCAGAUGUCACUACGCUGAGAUUUAUCGAUCUGGACAACUGGAGAUUCUCCAAGCUGCUUUGAAGGAAGCCAAAGCGCGGGAGAGAGCCAUCAUGGAGGAGCAUCAUGUGCAUCUCGAAGAUUUCGAGGAGGGCGAAGAGGAGGAGGACGAUUUGGAAGACGAAGUCAUCGAUCCUGAAGCAAAGAGAUUACGCUACGCUUGA